GGGUGAAUGUUCGUCGCCCUCCCCCGCCGGCCACCACCGGCCUCGGGUCCCUCCUGGGUGAGGAGGCUGCAGCACCCUUAGAUGGUGUCUGGGUGAUCCCGCUAGGUGUACCAGGUGACAGCUGGAAGGCAGCGUUUGUGGUCCGACAGGCACAGCGCUCCCUUGCCGCGUUUGUUCCUUGCAACGUUGCCCUUCUGCGGAGCCCGUUCACCGGUUGCCAUUCGAAUUGCGUGUGUGUGUGUGUGUAUCUUCGUUAAGCUUUCCGCCUGUUUUAGGGUUGUGCGUUGGCAGUCCUACAGUUCCUUCAAUCAGUGAUAAUGAUAAAGCGUUCGUCUGAAUUUAAGACCUAAAUUUGGGAUCAAGUCAUAUGCCUCUUGUGGUUUUUGUUUCUUUUUCCGAAUGUUAAAAUAGAAGUAGUUUUCUUAACAGGUUGUCGUGGCAUAGGUUUCUUUAACCUACAAGUGUAAAUCUGAAGACGCUCCGGAUCAUGAAAUUAUGUAAGCUGUGUUAAAGAAAAAUGUUAACCAUUUUAUAAAAGUAAAAAAAAAAAUGAAGAUGAUUGGGGUGUGUAAAGUUAUACGGGGUUACGUCAUGGGUCUUACCAUGGUGGCGUUGGCUCUUCCGGUACCCCCGUCUUGUCCGUGGGAAGGUGAUGGAGGAAUUCCGUAUUCAAAUGUUCAGUAAAGUCUUGUCAGCCAGGGAACAUAUCGACAAUUUCAGAGGACCCUUUAAAGUAAAUUAAAGGUUUUGUAUCUGCUAGUAAAAUGAAGGACUGAAACCCUUAAAGGAGUACAAAAUUUUCAGUCUGAAGUCUAGAAUUGCAAGUUCCAUCCAUUUUUGGCAGGGCGCAGAAAAAAUGACUAGUAAUUUUAGACACUUCCUUUUUUGUGGUUAAAGAUUAAAAUGUGUUAAGGGACAGUCUCAGAGAGCAUUAAGAUGUUAGAUUAAAAUUUUUGCAAAUGUGGACAUCGAGAAGAAUUUGAGUCACCCUUGAUUGUGUCUCACAAGCCAGCCUGGGAACUGCCUUUGCUGGUUUAAGAGCAUUUAAAUCAUCAGGUUUGCGCUUGUCUGGAGACUUCCCUUCUGCUGUACAGCUAAAUUUCAUUAAUUUGAAAACCCAAACUAAAAUUGUGACUACUUUCUUACUGAGUAAAAUGUUCAAAUGGUUUUCUUGCAAAAUCUGAGGUCUUAUUAGAAUUCAUUAUAAAUAUCUCCUUCAAAUCAGAGCUUAAUAACCUCUUGGGUACAAUAUCUUACAGUCCUUGUAUUUUUCAUGUAUCUGGAAUUGGCAUACCUCAUUAAUAGUCUACUUUUAUUUUAGAGCUCAUUUACUUGUUUCUACCCAUUCAUACUGAAUUUUACUAUAUGGGCUUUAUUUGUAAUUAAUGAAACCGUAUUUUAAAAUCUCCUCUAUUUUAUCAUUCUGGGUUGAUCUCCCCCAUUAUUGUUAAAUGAACGUUUACCCUAAUGUCUGUAUAAUUUUUAGAUUUUUUACUAAGACACAUGUUUCUGGAAGUACAGUAGUACUAAGUAUAUAGCAACAGAAAGUUUUCAGUCUUUUUUAUAUAAAGCCUUACCAGGUUUAAAAUUCCAGUUUAUGCAAUUCACGGAGUUAUCACCUCUGUUUUUAUAAUCAGAACUCGUUGGGUGCUUAUGGAUAUAAGACAGUGUAUAAGGUACUCUGUGGAAUUCAGUUAAACUUACAGGAUUUCUCCAUGAAGGGUUUAAGUUCUAAACUGCAGACCCGGGCUACAGGUUUUGAUGUCCACUUGUCUUUACUGUUGUUAAGUGUGCAGGGUGAAUAAACGUGGUCUUAGCAAACAGUGAUAAGUCACAGGUGAGAGGACCUUUGAGCUCGGUGUUCUCAGGAAGGAAGAGGAAGCUGUGCGGUAGGGUUCAGUGACCGGCAGUGGUUCACCCAGGGUGUUAUUGCACCGGCCCUGCUGGUGGCGCCACUGAGCAGUUUCUGUUAACCCACUGUGGCCCAGCGUCCUUCCUCAAGCAUGGUGAUGGGUUAAUUAAAAGAUUAACAAGCUUGACAUGUCUUUUUGAGCUGAUAUUUUGGUAGUUACCUAAAAGACAGGUGUCAGGUGGUUGGACAGUUCGUGCUUGCCAUAGGCGUCAUUUUGUGUGGCUACACCGCUGGCCAUACUGGGUUAAUAGAAACUGUUCAGUGGCACCGCACGCCCAGGACCAGCGCGACCCUUGCCGUACCUGCCCUGCCCCAGUUACACCUGCUGCUUCUAGAAUGUUACACCAGAGUGUUAGAGCUGCUGGUGAGGGAGGGUUAUCAGACAGGCCUGAGGGUUAUAGGAGUCUUACCCAAAGGCUACUGGAAGUGAGGAAUUUCUUUAAAGUUCUAUGUUUAAAGCUGGAAACUUCCUCUCCAGUUCAACUUGAGGCUUGGGGUAUCCCCGGCACUUCUCUGCUGUGGUGUUUAGGUGGUCUAGUUUGAGAGGCAAAGGGUAGUAGAUAAGAGCUGGGACUUUGGAAGCAUACGAAUUAGAGUUCUCUCUCCAGGUUCAGUUUCUUUGUACCUAAAAUAGGGUUAGUAAUGCCUGCCUCCUAGGAUUUUGUGAAGAUUUAAAACAUACAACGAACACAGCUCAUGGGAAGCACUCAACGAGAUGUCGUUGUGGUUAUUAAUGCCACGCCCUGGUGAUCCUUCUUCACUGGUGGAGAUUCUGGUAAUUCUCAGUGUUGUGGAAGAGCUGAGGUAGUAGUUUCUGAGUUGCCUACGAGUGGCUGCUUUAAUCAGCCAGACUCCCCCGCUGAGGGCGUUGCUCCUUAGGAUUUUUAGGCAUUUUUGGAGAUGCAUUAAGUGACUUCACUGGAGUGUCGUUGAAUAUAUCGCCAGGUGCCUGCUGUGGUUGCCUGGAGGCCCCCAGAAUCAAUGUGGAUCUCUGAGUGCCUGAGCCACCUCCAGGAAGUGGGACCACGACCACGUGGAAUGGUCUGGAUUGACCACUGGCUGAGUGGAUUGACCACUGGCUGAGCUGUUUUCUUUUUUUUUUAAUACAGUUAACAUGUUUUGAGAAUCUCUUAUACGCGGGACACUAUGCUUAGGUGUUUUCUCAACAGCUUUUUUAGAUGGGUGGUGAUCUCUGGAUUUCCUGAGUGACAGCAGUGCAAAGUGGUGGGUCAUAGAUCAUACGGUAUCCUGCUUAGGUUGCUAAACCACCAAACCCACUGCCGUCGAGUCGAUUCCGACUCACAGAGACCCUAUAGGACAGAGCAGAACUGCCCCCAUAGAGUUUCUAAGGCUGAAACCCUGGUGGCUUAGGUUGCUGCAUUUUCUAAAUGCCUGAAUUUUCCCUGGGAAAAAACCUCAAGGCCCGGAUAAGUGACAUGCCCAAAGUCAUGUUAAGUAAUGACUAAGCUGAGUCUAGGGUCCGGGUCUUUGACCCUUGUAUGUUGUAGUCUGUCGUUUUUGUGCUUUAUACGUAUUAUCGUUGUGCAGUAGGCAAUUUGGUGAGAGGGAAGACUGUUACUCAGGAACCAUUGUGUGAUCGCUAGAGUUCUCAGCUUAGAACCUGGGGCCCCUAUGUAAUGAGCCCCACAAUGUCCCCCUUUCAGUUACUGUAACUUUCUUUUCACAGUCAAAACAAAACCACUCAGAAGGGAAUACAGUUCGAAGCUCUUUUCCCGAAGAGAAGGACCCAUGUGAUUCUAGUACCCUCUAUUACACGAGCUUAGAUAUGGGAACAAUCUUUGUAGAUGUAUCUAUAGCCCUGCCACAAGCCUUGUUUAUAAAACCAAAAGCCAGAAGUAAAUCAUAAAUGAAGAAAGCAAUAUUUUGCAUUACUGAACAAGUUCUCCUGUCUCUUUUCCCCUGAACAGGAAGAAAAAAGCCAGAGACGUCAACAUACGCAGGCUGCGCAGACAGUCUUGAAUCGCAGUGGUGAAUGGUACGGCUGCUAGGCUCCUCCUGCAGAGCCUCUGACAUGCACCUCUCUUAUUGAUUGUUUUUAUUGGCCUAGAGCCAGUAUUGGAUUUUGUUGACUUCAGGAUAAAAAGACAACAGUCCUGGUUAUCAUCAUAAACAUACGAACCAGUGUGAUGGUGAAAUGAGAUGAGGCUCCGAAAUGGAACUGUAGCCACUGCUUUAGUGUUUUUCACCUCGUUCCUCACGUUAUCUUGGUAUACUACAUGGCAAAAUGGGAAAGAAAAACUGAUUGCUUAUCAACGAGAAUUUCUUGCCUUGAAAGAACGUCUUCGAAUCGCUGAACACAGAAUCUCCCAGCGUUCUUCUGAGUUAAAUACCAUUGUACAGCAGUUCAGGCGCGUGGAAGCAGAAACAAAUGGAAGUAAGAAUGCUUUGAAUAAAUUUUCAGGUAGUACCCUAAAGUUAUUAAAGGAGUUAACAAGCAAAAAAUCUCUUCAAGUGCCAAGUAUUUAUUAUCAUUUGCCUCAUUUGUUGCAAAAUGAAGGCAGCCUCCAGCCUGCUGUGCAGAUUGGCAUCGGAAGAACAGGAGUUUCCAUAGUAAUGGGGAUCCCCACAGUGAAGAGAGAAGUUAAGUCUUACCUCACAGAAACUCUUCAUUCCCUUAUCGACAACCUGUAUCCCGAAGAGAAGUCGGACUGUGUCAUAGUAGUCUUCAUAGGGGAGACAGAUGUUGAGUACGUACGCAGUGUUGUAGCCAACCUGGAGAGAGAAUUUUCUAAAGAAAUCAGUUCUGGCCUGGUGGAAGUAAUAUCGCCCCCUGAAAGCUAUUAUCCCGACCUGACAAACUUAAAGGAGACAUUUGGAGACUCAAAAGAAAGAGUAAGAUGGAGAACAAAACAGAACUUAGAUUAUUGUUUUCUAAUGAUGUAUGCUCAGGAAAAGGGCAUAUAUUACAUUCAGCUUGAAGAUGAUAUUAUUGUCAAACAGAAUUACUUUAAUACUAUAAAAAAUUUUGCACUUCAACUUUCUUCUGAGGAAUGGAUGAUUUUAGAGUUUUCUCAGCUUGGCUUCAUUGGUAAAAUGUUUCAAGCGCCAGACCUUACUCUGAUUGUAGAAUUCAUAUUUAUGUUUUAUAAGGAGAAACCCAUUGAUUGGCUUUUAGACCACAUUCUCUGGGUGAAAGUCUGCAACCCUGAAAAAGAUGCAAAGCAUUGUGAUAGACAGAAAGCCAAUCUGCGAAUUCGCUUCAGACCUUCCCUUUUCCAACAUGUUGGUCUGCAUUCUUCACUGACAGGGAAAAUUCAGAAACUCACGGAUAAAGAUUACAUGAAACCAUUACUUCUUAAAAUCCACGUAAAUCCACCUGCAGAGGUGUCUACUUCCUUGAAGGUCUACCAAGGACAUACACUGGAGAAGACUUACAUGGGAGAGGAUUUCUUCUGGGCUAUAACUCCCACAGCUGGAGACUACAUCUUGUUUAAAUUUGAUAAGCCAGUCAGUGUAGAAAGUUAUUUGUUCCAUAGUGGCAACCAAGAACAUCCAGGGGAUAUUCUGCUAAAUACAACUGUGGAAGUUUUGCCUUUUAAGAGUGAAGGAUUGGAAAUAAGCAAAGAAACCAAAGACAAACAAUUAGAAGAUGGUUAUUUCAGAAUAGGGAAAUUUGAGAACGGGGUUGCAGAGGGAGUGGUGGAUCCGAAUCUAAACCCCAUCUCCGCCUUCCGGCUUUCGGUUAUUCAGAAUUCUGCCGUCUGGGCCAUUCUCAACGAGAUUCAUAUUAAAAAAGUCUCCAACUAAUCCUCUAAGAAACCGAUAGGUUUUUCCUGUGAAUUUGUUAAAGAUAGUUGAGCAUGUAAUUUUUUUUUUUUUUUAACCUGAACACUACCUCUUGUGAAAUCUACUGUAGAUAAGAAGAUUGUCAUUUCCACAUGGAAAGCAAGUCUCCCUUGGAUAAUAGUAUUCAUUUGAACCUAAGCUGUCCUCCAAUUUUAACUUGAUUCAAACAUUUUACAGCUCUGACAGCCUGGUAAUAUGACUUGUACUAUUUUGAUUUUAUACUAAUACGUAAGAGUUGUACAUAUUGUUACAUUCCUUAAAUUGGGAAAAAGAUCAAGGUUAAACACAUUUUAUGAAGGGGGUACUUUUGAAGUUCAUUUAUUUUCUAUUAUAGACCCUCUUUUAUAGAUUAUCAGGGAUUAUAUAUAUAAAGAUAUAAAUAUACAUAAAAAUGUUAUGGAGUUAAUUUAUUAGAAACACUUAAGAAGUACAUAUUUUUGUGCAGUAAUUUUUGAACUGAUACUUUUUUUGAAAACCAAUUACCUUGCUUUUUUAAGUUCUUUCUAUAUUUUUCUUUGCAAAUGCAAACAUUUCAACGUAAUGCCAUUUUUCAAAGGCACUGCCAUUUAGGUUGAUUUCCUAACUGAAGAACUUUUAUAAUCAGCUAUUCUGAACAAAAUAUUUUCAAAGGCAUUUGUCAUUCCUUAAAGCCAAGAUUUUAAAGCCCAGUGUCCUUGAGGGCUGCUCCACUGUACUGUAUAUGGUGGCUUGCCACAGAGACUUGGUCUGACACCUAGUGGUGCGCAGGUGGGACGCACUCAUCCUUAUUAGACCUAACUCGCCACGUUUCCCUCUGGUAUGUAAAACGACCAACUCUGCUUUCCUUUUUAAUCAUGUCUUUAAUUCAUGAGUUAGAUGCAUUAGCUCUUUUCUUGUUGGUUCACUUUUAUCCGCACGUGCAUCAUGAGUUCUGACAGAAUGUUUUCUAGGAAAUGCUGUCGUAUAAGUCAUAAGAUAAUUGGUAUAAUUUUAAAGAAAAAUAAAAUUGUAAUAUUGGCUUUUGGUGAAA